UAUGUUGUUUGAUUACAGUCUCUUUGAUAGUUAUAAUAGCAUGUGUUAUUUGCUAUGUAACAUUUAACCAAGAUCUGAAUGUGAUGUUUAUGUAAAUUAACUGUAUGUAAUUAACAUGAGUUGGGAAAGGGAUGCUGGUGACGGGAUUGUUAGUGAGAGACACAUUGGCCUUGAUCCGCUUCCAUGGCUCUCAGCCCCGCCCCACUUGUCACAAAAAUUUUAAGUUCUACCAACUUUAAAAAAAUGAGUUAGUUUACUUAAAUGUUUUGAGUAACUUAUUGGGUUUUACAGUGAAAUGGAAUUUGUAAACACUUAAGUAUAUAAUUAAGUAAUUAUAAGUAAAUAUUCUACUGUUUGGAUACAAGUUUCAUUUUUUGGAAUGUGUAAAUAAUGAUAAAAGAAGCUUAUCUCAUCUACUCUGCCUAUCAUAACAGACAGUAAAUGUGGGUGUGGGUUAUUCUUUUAUAAUUAUUGAUGUAUUUCAUAGAAUGAAACCUAGAUAACUCAUAUCUAUACAGUUGAAUAAUACAAGUAAUAUUUUCUAAAGUUUUUCUAAGGUUAUUCUAAAUAUUCUAGAGCUGUCCAAGGUGCUGAAGGCCCACAGAAGCCCUCAUUUCCAUUUAUAAAGCGUGUAAGAGAAUGUGUAGUUCUGUGCUGGUGUAUGUUGGCUCCAGUGUAAGCUCAGAAAUCCCUAGUAACCAACCUCUCUGGAGCUUGUUAUCAUGUUACAAGACAUGCACUGUGAUCUCAGAGCACCAGUAGCGAAAGUCCCGGGUGAGAGGCAGUGUCUUUAUAAAUGGGCUGCAAUGCCACAUGAAGGGGAUUCAAUGCUAAAUUUGGACUAUCUCAGGUGUUUGAACACUGCUCAGCUUCUGGAGCUCUUGGAAGACGAGGAAAGGAUGCGAGAAACUGUGAGGGUCAAUUCAAAGUUACAGCAUCUUCAGAGGUGUAAAGUGAUCUUGAUGGCGUCCAACUGUUGGCUCGCAGAGCAGAAUUUAGCACAUCAGCCACGUCUGAACAACUCUAAAAUUCUCUUAGCUGAAAAGUACCAGAUUCUUGGUCAAAUGGUGUCUUCGAUGCGGCGCAAACAGAGAAGGCUGGAAACUUUACAACAGAAACUCAGCCUUAGAGCGAUUCAUAAACUUAUUAAGGAGAAGACCAAUCAGUCCUUACGUCAGUCUGAGAAUCUCUGGCUAAAGUUCACAGAAGGAACACUUCUGCUGACAGAUUUUGUGGAAUCACUUCAAAACUCUCAGACGUUAUGCCAUCGACAUCUUAUUCAAGCUGAGAAGAUCCAGAACCUCAUCCUACAAGCACAAAUAUACAAUCAAGAUGUUGAUUUUUCUCGUCUCGGGCAUCGUCCAAACUUUGGGUACUCACCGACUGCGAUCAAUGUUUACAGUGGCCUCUAUCCUGUUAUGUUACUGCCUGGUUUCCAGUAUCCUCAUUUAUCUCCAACAUCAUAUCUUCCUCCUCUAAAGCAUCAUUGCUGUGUUGAUAUAUGCUCCACUUUGAUAUCCAAAAAUGAAUGGAGCCAUAAACAAGGUUUUUGUAAAUGCACUGAGACUCGCCAAAGGCCACAAAGACACGCUGCUUUACAGCCACUUGACAAGAUUCAACCUAACAUUCACCAGACUCCCUAGUAAAGUUGUGCUGGUGAUCUAGAAACUCUAAAAUCUUUUUAAAACCAUGUUGUUUCUGAUAUAUAUAUUUGUUUCUGAGAUAUAUAUUUAUGGUCACACUUUAGAUUAGGGUCCAAUUCUCACUAUCAACAACGACUUUUGCCUCAAACUCCUAAUUACUGCUUAUUAUUAGUUAGUAAGGUAGUUGUUAAGUUUAGGUAUUGGGUAGGGUUAAGGGAUGUAAAAUAUGGUUGUGCAGAACAAGGCAGUAAUAUGUGCUUUAUAAGUAGGG